UAUCUCAACUUCAAGAGAAAAAGAUGAACUUCCUAAAUUAGAGUUUGAACUAUCAAAGUUAGAGAUGUAUGCUGAUGUUUGCGUAAAAGUAUUACCGAUAAUGAAACAAGAAUGGUCGAGUUACG